AUGGCGACGACGAUGACGUCUUCCCCCCUUCAAGACCGCUCGAACGACGCGAAGCUCUCGCCGUUCUCGACGCGCAGCAAGUCCGUCUUGGGCGCCUCCGCGGUCGCGAAGUCCGCGCUCUCGAAGAAGUCCAAGAGCGUCGUGUAUCAAGACGAGAACGCGCACGCGACGCCGACGAAAUCGUCGAAAUCGUCGACAUCGGCCGCCGAAAAGUCCCUCGACAAGGUCGCGGACGAGAACGACAAACUCCGCGACCUCAACAAGCGCCUCCUCGCGGAGCUCAAGAACGCGCGCGUCAGCGCGAAGGACGCCGCCGACGCCGCCGCCGCGAACGCGUCCGCGAGCGUCGAGAACGGCGAGUCCGUGGAGAAGCUCACGACGCAGAACGACGCGCUCCGAGAGCUUAACCGCAAGAUGAUCGCGCACCUCAAGGCGGCGAAGCUCGAGGCGUCGUCCUCCGCGGCGGAGAUCGAUUCCCUCAGAGCCGCGAACGAGGCGUCGUCCAAGGAGCUCGCCAAGGCGCUUCAGAAGGCGGAGACGAAGUACGCGUUUCAGAUCGCGGACGCGCUCACCGCGACGGCGAAAGCGCAGGAGGCGGCGGCGAAGGCGAACGCGCACGCGGCGGAUCUUCGCGCCUCCGCCGACGCGGAACGCCGGGACUCGGCGACGUUGAAGUCGCUCAACGACCGCGCGCUCGCGGAACUCAAGGAGUCUCGAGACGCGAUGGAGUCGAUGAACGCCGCGGGGGCGACGCUCUCGGAAUCGAUGAAGCUCGCGGAGUCGCAGCGCGACGGGCUUCAGGCGACGAACGCGUCGCUGACGACGGAGCUGCGCGCGGCGAAGAAGGCGUCCGCCGCCGCCGUCGCCGCCGCGGAGGCGAACGUUCUCAAAAAGCACGCCAAGGCGAUGCAAGAGGCGAAAGUCGCCGCCGCUAAGGAGAACGAGAUGCUGCGCGAGGUGAACGCGAAGCUCGUGAGGACGCUGAAGCAGGCGCAGGCGGACUCGGUCGGCGUCGCGGACGCGGGUGACCAACUCAAGGCGCUCAACGCGAAACUUCUCGCAGAGUUAAAAAAGGCGCGCGCGGAGGCCAACGACGCGAAGAACAGCAGCGAAGGCUCCGCGAAGGCGGCAGCCUCGGCGCACGAGAUGCUGAAGAGCGUCAUCCACGCCCGAGCGGAGCUCCUCGCGGCGAACGCGCAGGCGCUGAGCGAGCUGCAGUUUAUGAAGGAGGCGUCGGAGGCGCACGCGGCGCACGCCGUGGACGCCGCGGCCAGACUGUCGGACGCGGAGCAUCAACGCGACUCGCUCAAAGCGCUCAACGUGAACGUGCUGAACAAGCUCAGGGAGGCCAAGGCGGAGACGGCGAAGGCGGCGAGCGACGCGGCCGCGGCGCUGAAGCGGCACUCCGAGCUCGCCGCCGAUCGCGAACGCGUCGAGGAGCAACGCGCGAAUUUGCAAGAGCUGAACCGCCGGCUCAUCAGCGAGGCGCGACGCGCGCGCGCGGAGUUUGGCCGCGCGGAGCUCGCGCGCGCGCAGAUGGAGAAGGCAAAGGAAGACGCGGAGGCGAGCGUUAAGGCGCACGCGGCGAACGCGGAGGCGCUGAAGGCGCAGGUUGCGGAGAAGCACGCGGAGCUCGCGAGGAUUGAAAAACAAACCGCGAAGAAAAUCGCGGAGAAGGAGAUCGCCGUCGCGAAAGCCCAAGCCGCGGAGGCGGACGCGGAAGCGAAAGCGGCCGCCGCGCAGCUCACGAUGAACGGUAACUUGGAGUCGCAGAAGAAGGAAGCCGCGGGGGUGCUGGAAAAGGUAACGCAAGAGAAACAGGCGUUAUCUUCCCGCUUGGAGAUUGCCCUCCAGGAGCUCCUCGAGGAAUCCGCGGCGCUGAAAGACGCGAGGGAGAGCGUCAAGUCGCUCGACGCGAAGCUCCACGCCGCGGCGUGCGAGCUGAAGGACUCCUGCGCCGGCCUCACCGCCGCCUCGGACGCGCUCGUCGCCGCCGCGGAGGCGAACGCGGCGAAGGACAAGCGCGUCAAGAUGCUCGAAAAAGAAUGCGUAAAGCUGACCAACGCCUUCGCCGAGUCGGAGGAAAUUCACCGAAUGGACCUCGAAGCCGCGGUGGAGGCGCACGCGCAAGAGACCGCGAAGACGGAGAAGCUGGAGAACGUCCUCAAGAUGACGAAGAUCGCGGCGACGCACAAGCACGAGCAGCACAAGGCGACGACGGCGAAGCUGCACGGCGAGAUCGCCGGCGCGAAGAAGGCGGAGGCGGCGGCGAAGGCGCUCGCGAGAGCCGAACGCGACGCCGCCGCGGAUGCGACGAAAACGCGCGACGCCGCGGCGAAAGAGGCGGCGCGCGCGAACGAUCGCGCCAAGGCGGCGACCGCGGACGCGCUCGCGGCGAAGGCCGCCGCGAAGGAGGAGACCGCCGCGGCGAAGCGCGAGAUCGCCGACGCGAAGAAGAACGCGGCGCGGAGCGCCAAGGCGAGCGCGGCCGCCGCCGCCGCCGCCGCCGCCGCGGAGAAGCGCGCGUGCGCCGCGGAGAGAGAGAUGGCUGCCGCGGCGUCGCGCGCGGCCAAGGCGGUGAAAGCCGCGGAGGACGCCGCGACCGCGAAGGUUGCCGUAGCGGACAAACGACUCGCGCAGACGAUGGCCAAACACGCGGCGUCGGAGCACGAGGCGGCGACGCAGCGCGCGGCGGCGGCGAAGCUCGAGUCCGCGCUCGCCGCGGCGAACGCGGCGCUGACGACCGCGAACGCCGCGAACGCGACGCUUCGCGAGCAGGACGCGAAGCGUCACGAGAAGGAGCUCGCGCGCGUCGUCGCCAAGGCGGACGCGCACGUCGCGGAGCUCGCGGCGGAGCUCGUCGCCGCGAGGGCGACGGUGAACGCGGCCAACGCGGAGUUGGCGAGGAGGUCGAACGAUCUCCGACGCAUGAAGGAAAUCUCCGGGUCGGUGUCGCGGUCGCUCAAGGCGGACGCCAGCGACGCCGCCGCGCGCGCGGACGCGAUGUGCGUCGAGGUGACCGGGCUCGAGAUGCGGACGGAGAGCCUCGAGAGCGCGCUGAAGGCGGCGGACGCGGCGUUGGCGGCGGCGAACCGCGAGAAGUGCGCGGCGAAGCGGCGCGAAAAGUUUGCGCUCUUCGGCCUCGCGAUCGCGGCGGUUCGCGCGCUGCUGAGCGCGUUGGCCAAGGCGCGUAAGUGA